CCAGUAAAGUCGUUUUCUCGUUACUGUAACGUAGGCUUCUUUCGCUUUCAGCCCGCCCCUAAAUUGUGUAAACCGCUUGGCAGAUAAGUUAAGCUAAGGACUUUGGUCUUUACCUUAAUGGCGAGUUUUAGCGUUUUGGUCCGAAUUUUCUUUUUGUGGUGAGCCGUGUUUCUGUAAAGCGUCCGCCGUAACCCAUUUAUUCUAAGAAAUCCUGUAAAAGGCCGGAAGGAGGAAUGUGAAAUGAAUCUAGACGAUUUUGACCGCUGUAGCCGUUUUGAGAGUUUUAAAGAGUCUUGGGAUCAUUACGGCUAUGGAGGUGACUUCGAAGGCAUGGUGCUAGCAGAGUUCUCCAGGAUUAAAGGAAUGACUUACCUCGAUCAUGCAGGGACAACAUUGUUUCCAGAGUCACAAAUUAAAGGAUUCUUCCAAGAUUUAUGUGGAAGUGUCUAUGGUAACCCACACAGCCACAACCCCAGUAGCAGACUGACUCAUGACACUGUGGAGCAUGUGCGCUACAGGAUCCUGCAACACUUCAACACCAGUCCAGAGGACUACACUGUAGUCUUCACCGCAGGCUGCACAGCAGCUAUCAAGCUAGUAGCAGAAAGCUUCCCAUGGACUCCAGCCUCUUCUUUCUGUUACCUGACUGACAACCACACUUCAGUGGUUGGCAUCCGUGGCCUGACGUCACCAAUCGGCGUAGCAUCCAUACCCAUCAGGCCUGAAGAGGUGGAGGGGAGGGCAAGUGAAAGAACAUAUCUGAAGGCCGGAGACUCCCAGGUGCCACACCUCUUCUGCUACCCAGCCCAGAGCAACUUCUCUGGGAAGAAAUACCCUCUGUGGCAUGUCAAGGGCAUCCGUUCAAGAGAGCUGUACCCCUCAUGUACUCGGGAGGGCCAGUGGUUUGUGCUUCUUGAUGCAUCCAACUUGGUGGGUUGCUCACCCCUAGACCUACAGGAGUGUCCUGCAGACUUCCUUCCUGUUUCCUUCUACAAGAUAUUUGGCUUCCCUACUGGAUUAGGGGCCCUGAUCAUCCGGAAUGAAUGCUCACAUAUGCUAAAGAAAACCUAUUUCGGAGGAGGAACAGCUGCAGCCUACCUGGCUGGAGAGGACUACUAUGUACCAAGGGUUAACACUGAUGGCAGGUUUGAAGAUGGCACCAUAUCCUUCCUGGACAUCAUUGCAGUAAAUCAUGGUUUUGAAGCUCUGCAUAGGCUCACAGGGGGCAUAGAGAGGAUCCAGCUACACACAUUUGGCCUGGCUCGCCAUACCUACAUGAUGCUGUCCUGCCUUCAGCAUAACAAUGGCCAGCCAGCGGCCAGGUUAUACUGUGACACGGAGUACCAGGACCCCAGCACCCAGGGACCCCUGUUAAACUUCAACCUGCUGGAUGCCCAUGGGGCUAUAGUGGGGUACUCUAAGGUCCAGAAGCUUGCCAGCCUCUUUAAUAUCCAGCUGCGCACUGGCUGCUUCUGCAACACAGGAGCCUGUCAGCAUUACUUGGGCAUGAGCGACCAGCAGGUUAAAGCCAACCUACAGGCAGGCCACGUGUGCGGCGAUGAUGUGGACAUGAUCGAUGGGUUGCCUACAGGCUCAGUGCGUGUGUCCUUUGGCUACAUGUCCACCUUCGGUGACUUCCAGCAGCUCCUGAGAUUUGUGGUGGACUGCUUUGUGCAGAAGCCGGUGAGGCUGGACUACAUCCGGCUGAACAGGCUGCGCUCCGCUUCGACUUGCUCCGCGUCUGUGCGACACCCCCAGAGCCCCGCAAGACCACAAAUCUCCAGCCCCACUGGCACAGGGGAGGGCCUAGAAUUCUCACCUGUGGCUGUGGGAUGUUUUCCCACACGAAGGACAAGCAAUUGUGAGAGAACCCUGAGCCGAAUCUUCCUAUAUCCGGUCAAAUCAUGUGCAGCAAUAGAGGUGACUCAAUGGGCAGUAGGUCACCUCGGCCUUCUUUAUGACCGACUCUGGAUGGUGGUCAACAUUAACGGGGUUUGUUUGAGCCAGAAGCAGGAGCCUCGUUUGUGCCUGAUCCAGCCUAGCAUUCACUGGGCCUGCAAAGAGCUUUGUCUACACGCUACGGGAAUGAAACCUUUAUCCAUUCCGCUAGAGGGCAAUAAACUGAAUCCAGGCAUCAAGGUGUUUCAGAGUAAAGUGUGUGGAGACAGGGUUCAGAGUGUCGAUUGUGGUGAUGAAGCUGCUGAUUGGAUCUCUAAGUUUCUGGGAAAACCCUGUCGUCUGAUUCGGCAGAGCCCUGGCUUCACCAGAGGAAUGAAGCGAGACCAUGCAAAGCCAGUAGCUGGUUUGUCUCUGGUAAAUGAAGCACAGUAUUUGAUGAUCAACAUGGCCAGUGUCAAGUUCUUGAAGGAGCAUAUCAACAAGAGACAGGGCUCUGAGGCUGAAAACCUUGACAUCCAGCAGCUCAUUGCACGUUUCCGUGCUAAUCUAGUCGUCAUGGGUGCAGAACCAUUUGAGGAAGAUAACUGGAAGCAUGUGGUGAUUGGUGACCUAGUGUUCCAGGUGAAUUGUCCUAUUAGCCUGCAUCAGUCUAGUUUUCUGACGAUAAAGAGCAGGAAGCUCAUCAGAGCAGCUCCUUCUGUGAUAUGCCAGGUGACAGGCCUCAGCACGAGAUGUCACAUGAUUGGGAUUGAUCAGCAGACGAGCACCCGGAUGCCGGAGCCUCUAAACUCACUGUCCGCCUACCGCAAGGGGAAGGUCAGUGCGGGGGGAGUGCAGUCUGAGUCUGAAGGACCUCAGAUAAAGGGUAUUUUUGCAUUUGGGUUAGUUUAUCGGAUAUAUGUAGCUGGGACAGGCAGUACAAGGACCCUCAUAUGAGUACUUUGACAGAAAUAAUACUGAAGAUGGAAAUCAUUUGAUGUUUCAAUAGACACAUUUUUCCAAUUUUGAUAAUUUAAGUGUAACAAGGUCUGACAGCCAGUUCAGGUACUAGCAGAAGUACGUAUUUUAAUCUCCAAUUUUAUUGGUGCAUGUUUUUAUUGGUCCAUCUGAUUGAUAAUGGCUGAGUUCUGGCCAUUUAUUUUGAUCUUUCUUACAGCUCUUUCAUUGUUCCGUGUACCAUAGCUGAGUUUAUUUUUUUCUUCUUUUAGGUUACGUUUGGUGUGUACUUAGUUCACCAGCACCAAUUGGACCCGGAUCAUACCUCUACCUUGUCUGUAGGAUGUCCAGUUGUGCCUCAGUCCCGUGGAGGAGAUUAAAGUGCGGCUGCUCUAAAAUCAUUAUUGAUACUGGUAUUGUUUUUUUAAUGAAUCACUCUCCUCCUGUUUCAGUACAUUGAGUGAUAAAAAUUUUACAGCAGUACUGAACCCCAUUGAUGAAAAUGUUGUGCCAACUCUUGUAUGUAAUAUUUGUUUACAUGCCGUCUGCAUUAUUUACAUGCUUUACCUGGAAGACGAAGUAGCUUUAAAAAAGUUAAAUGAACAGCACAUUUGUAUUUUCACACAAAAAAACCCAGUCAGAAACACACUUAUAUCACAGCUGCUUUUACUUUCCUUGUUCUGUUCUUCACUUUUCCCUGAUCACUUUUCCCUGAUCACUUUUCCCUGAUCACUUUUCCCUGAUCACUUUUCCCUGAUCAUUUGUGUUUUCCUGCUCUUUCUGAUGCCAAGUGUUUCCCAUCUUACUUUCUGUUUUUUGUAUUAAGGGUCUCCACAGAAGUUACCCCAUAUUGGAGCUUCGUUACAGGUGUAAUGGCAGUGAUUACAUUCAGUCUACUUUUAUAUUCAGUGUCUUUUCUAAAUUUUUUGGUGAUCUGUUGAAAUAUUAAUAACUUAAGAAAAACAAAAGUGUUCCAGCUACUUCCAACCUCACAGGCCCAUUGAGUGUAUAGCUUUUGUUAGGGAAAGAGGGUCAUUUGUUUCCAUUGAUUUAGUAGAUGCUUUUAUCAAAAACAGAGAACAGAAUAAUCGACCAGUCCCUGGGUCAAUCAAGGUUAAGAGCUUUGCUUAAGGGUGCAAUGGUGAAGCCAUUCACCAGUGGUGAAGACAGGAUAUGAACCAUUGAUCUUCUGGGCCCAGUUUUUUUAAAGUAAUGCAGUGGGAUUUUGGAUCACGGAUUGGUUCAAAUCCGUUUUUACUUUUCAAAAGUAAAAGAGGGAUUCUGAAUUAAGAUCAGACCAUGUAAUACAAUCUUACAUUUUAUUUGGAUCAAACCUGCCCUUUGGGUUAUUCAAAACUUUGAAGUCAGAUUGGGAUCUAUUUGAUCCAAAAAAAGUGAAUAAUCACAAACAAUGGUUACUGAUGAUAUAUAAAUUCCUUCAUAUUUGAAGCCUAUAUGAAGCAUGUCACAUAUAAUGAUAGAGAUAUGGUAACAACAACAACAAAAUAAUAUCAAAGCUAUCAGAUGUCAAAGAAAUGUCACUGUUGCUCAUAGCUCUAUAUUUCCACAGUAUAUUAAUGACAAUGACCACAACAGAUAUACUCAUUUAGUAAUUUAAUAGCAAAAGUAAUUUCUCACAAUUGCAUCUCUAAUUGCAUGUCCAGUGUGUCCUUCAUCAUGUAAGAACAUUGGUGGCUGUUCUGUAAAUGACUUUUGACUUUUUGACAGUAUUGUUUUUGUUUUGUCAUUUAACAUUAGAACAAACUAAAAAAAUGUUUUUUUUUGCAGUGUUUCUGUUUCUUACAAUUAAAACAAACAAUGGCUAUUUGUGGCCACUGGUA